UCAGCUCAGCUCUCUGCUACCUUCUUCUUGAAACCUUUCUUCUACGCUACUCUUGUCUUUUGGAUCUUGUCGAUGUGUGGCGUGUGGUACGCGCGCACUCCAUCGUCCUUGCUCGGUGGUUGUGAAAAUGAUGGGGAAAUCUGGUACCUGAUGGAGAACUGAGGGUUCUCUAUGGGGUUUGUGGGGGUUGAGAUGGUGAUGUUUUUGGCUUAAUUCCUUCAUUGCACCUACAUGCAUGCCAAAGCCCCUGUUGGCAUAGUGAUACUUAGUAAUUGAGCCCUUAAGGCUUUGUAUUAUUGUUUGAUUUUGGGUUCUCUUCAGCUUGUGUUGUACCAUUGUUCUUUUGCUUCGAAGCAGAGGGUGGUCUUUUGUGGAUAUGUCCACUGUCGAGUGGGUAAUUUUCUUUUACUAUUCCCUUGCUUGGGGCUUCUUCCUUCCUUCCUUUCCUUGUUCUUCUCCUCCUCCUUGCAUGGUAGUGUAGUUCUUUCCCUAGAACUUUGGUGCAGCCAAUUCGCAGAAAGAGGUAGAGUGCAGAUACUACCAUGGAACUUUUCAGAUUGUACUGCUAGAAAUUAAUCAUCCUUUAAUGGAUCAUAAGGCAUGGCUUUGGAGAAAAAAAUCAUCAGAGAGGGAGCCGGAGAAGGAGAUGGUUGCACGAUUAGAGAAAUCCUUGCAAGACUUAAAUGAACAGCUUUCAUUUGCUAAUGCUGAAUGCAUUGAAAAGGAUGCUAUAUUAGCCAAACAAGCAAAAGUAGCUGAAGAAGCCAAAUUAGGUUGGGAGAAAGCUGAGGCUGAAGCUAUAGCUCUCAAGGCACAGCUUGAUGAAGCACUGGAUCAAAAAGCUGCAAGUGAGCAAAGGAUUUCUCAGCUUGACGAAGCUUUAAAUGUUGCAAUGGUGGAGAGGGAUUCAUUAAUAAAGGAUACAGAUCAAAUGAUUUCUAGUGAUAAAGAUAAAGUUCAGAAGCUGCAACAAAAUUUAGCCGAGAAAAUAAACGUAAUUGGUAGCUUGGAUGCCGAGAAUGACAAACUUUCUGAAAUUCUGUCAGUGAAAGAGAAAAUCAUCUCUGAGCUAAUUGAGUCAAAGGGAGUAACAGAGUCAAACAUCAAGGACCUUGCAGUAAAGCUAGAGUCAGCCGAAAGAUUAAAUUCUUCUCUUAGAUAUGAGGUUUUCAUGCUGCAAAAGCAACUAGAGAUUCGAAGUGAAGAAAGGAAAUUUAGUCUCAAAUCUGCUGAUGCUGCACACAAACAGCAUCUUGAAAACAUCAAGAAGAUAACCAAGCUCGAAUCAGAAUGCCAGAGGUUGCGUUCAAUGGUUCGUAAAAGGCUACCAGGUCCUGCUGCCAUUGCCAAAAUGAGAAGUGAAGUUGAAACAAUGGGUAGCAAUACAGCAAGCACAAGGACGAGAAGGUCCAAUUCUACAACAACAUUAAACUCAUGUGUUCCGGUACAGAAUUCUCAUGAUGCAUCCCAUGGAAAUUCUCCAUUGCUCGCAAGGCUGCAUGAGAUAGAAGAUGAAAAUAAUGCCAUAAAGGAAUCUCUUUCUAGAAAGGAUGGUGAGCUUCAGUUUUCUCGGACUAUGCUUGCUCGCACAACUUCCAAACUUUCCCAAGUUGAAGCACAGCUUGAAGAGUUAUCAAGAGGUCGGACUGCUGCAGAAUUGGUAAAAGGUAGCCCAACAGUGGUUGAACACCCUCUUUCAUCUAUCUCUGAGGAUGGUUGCAAUGAAGACAGCUGUUCAGGCUCCUGGGCAUCAGCCUUGUUAUCUGAACUGGAACACUUCAAGAAGGAGAAACUCACAGCACAUUCUAGUAAGAGCACAAGAGUAUCAUACAUGAGUUUCAUGGAUGACUUUGCAGAGACAGAAAAGUUAGCAUCAGUAUGCAAUGAUAAACCUAUGGAACCGUAUGAUUCAAAGAGAGAGGCAGUAGAAUCAUCAGGAAAAGAGCUAGCUCCAGUUGAUGGCGCCGCUGUAACAGCUGACCAAAUUCGCCAGAUUAAGAUCGAGAAGGCUGUCCUGAAGUUAAUUGAACUUAUUGAGGGAGUUAUCCAAAGAUCAUCAAAGGAUUAUAGUAGCACAGUUGUGCUGUCUGGUAGCGACGAGGAUAAUGGCCAAGAAACAUUACCAGGCUAUGUUGCUUGUGCAUUCAUGUGGAAUACAUCAGAACUUUCUUCUGUACUGCAAAACUUUGUCUUUGUAUGCAAUGAGCUUCUGUAUGGGAACAUUGAUGUUGAAAGCUUUGUUCAUGACCUUCACCUUACAUUAGAUUGGAUAAUCAGACACUGCUCUUCACUUCGAGAUGUAUCAGACAUGAAGGAAACUAUCAUAAAGCAUUUGGAAUUAAACAACAGCGAUGGCCUUGGAGUUGUUGCGUUAACCAAGCGCACAGGAAUCCAUACAGCAGAUGGCUUAGAUGAACCUAGGACGCCGGACACUGUUCAGAUUUUGUUAGUAUCUGGCUCCAGGUCUAUGGAUAUUGUACCUAAAGCUGAUGUUGGUACACAAAACACAAAUAAUGAAAUGGCACUCUCUAAAUUUCAGGGAAUAGAAGGAAAAACUUCAAAUUUGCGGGCAGAACUUAAUGAUUUGGAGGAGUCGGGAAAAAUAACGGCAUCUGUUAUUGAUGGGGAGUCAACUAUGAAUGAAUGUGGCACACAUGAAUCCAUCUUCAUAUCUGGAUUAAAUAAGGGCAAUCAAGAGGGGGUUACUUGUCUUGAAUCCAAGCUUCAGCUUGAAUGCAGUUGCUCUGCUAAAGAAGGUUCAGAAAAUAUCGCUGAGAAUGAAGAGAAACAACUGCAGAUGCAGCUGGAGAUCUCGACAGCAUCAGAGAAGCUCAUUGAGUGCCGGGAGACAAUCUUAAACCUUGGGAAACAACUGAAAGCUCUUGCAUCUCCAAAGGAUGCGAUGCUUUUCGACAAGAUACUUCAUACUACAGUUCAGUCUGAGCGGAAACCUCGAUCUCAAUCACUAAGCGACAUGCUAUCCAUGGAGGAUGGAGGAUUUUAUUACCCAAGCUCCGCUAAAACUAAGGAGAUCAUUUGCACUGGACCAAGGACGCCAGAUGAAAGAAAACAUUCAGCCGACAACGGAGAUGAUGGUCCCGCAGCAUGCAGUUCUCACCCAAUGCCAGCGGUGCUACCCGUAAAGCCUUGCAGGGUGAAUGGAACCUGCAAAGGUGAAGCUGAUCUCAAGGUAGUAGCACUUGCCGUCGUCCCGGGCAAGCAUAAGGGGAACGGCAGCUUGCUCAAGAGGAUUCUGACAGGAAGGAGAAAGGAGUCCACGGCCAAGCCAAAGGUGUUGCUAACUUCAUAACUGAUAGAGAGAAUAUGAAUUCUGGACAUGAUAAACCCUUUCGUGUGUAAAUUAAGUGUGCUCGUUUGCGUGUUGAGCACUGUUGAUGUCAGAUUAGUAGUAAUAAUGCAGUGUAUAUGUUGUAUCUGAUAGUGUGCUAGUUAUCUCCAGCUUUUCAUGACCUUUUUUCUUCUUCUGAAGACUAU